AUGGCAACCUCGUUGCGUUUGUCGGGUCAACGCGUACUAGUGACGGGCGCAGGCCGGGGCAUCGGUCGAGCCAUCGCUCAACUGUGUGCCGCCGAAGGCGCGCGGGUGGCCUUGACGGCCCGGACGACAUUGGAACUGGAAGAAACAGCACGACUUUUGCCAAAAGGUCAAUCCCUGGUUCUAACGGCGGACGUGACAAGUGACGAACAAGUGGAAAGCUUAGUCCAAGCAGUGGUUCAAGCUUGGGGUGGGAUUGAUAUUCUCGUCAACAAUGCUGGUGGUGCCCAAGCCUCCAAAGGUCUUCUACACGAGUUACCUGCCGUAAAUUUGACGCGAUUACUGGAUCUCAAUGUAGUUUCUGUACAUCGUGUUACUGCUGCCGUGCUAAAACACGCCAUGCUCGCGCAGCAAUCUGGAAAAAUUAUCAACAUUUCGUCACGAGCGGGAAAACAGGGAUUGCCCCAAAUGUCGAGCUACGUCGCUUCCAAAUUUGCUCUCGAAGGAUUGACGGCAACUUUAGCGGCGGAAUUGAAAGACCAAGGAAUCACGGUAAAUUCCAUCAGCCCAGGUAUGGUCGAUACC